AUGGCUUCCAUCUUUACCUACCAGGAUGAGCCUCCUCGAAUACAUUCUCCUUGGUCCACUCCAGGAAGUUCUACUCCUCAGCCACUUCAUCACUCGCGUGAACAUCUUUACAGUGGCGGGGCCUAUGUCACAUAUGCGCUCAUGAAGCUGGAGCCAGAACGCCAGGACGGUCCUACAGAGUACAAACUUCACCUCCUCCUUCGUCCUAGGCGGAAAUUCCUCUCCACGACUACCUCAUCCUCCACCCCUGGGUCACAGCACUAUACGCCCAUAUUUCAAGCCGCCAUUGAAUCGAGUCGCUCCCUGGGUGACUCUCUGUUCGAUCGUCCGCUAUCACAGCCUUCGGCACAGACUCGUCAGACCAGACUACAACAAUUGACCACACAGCUCUUAUGGAGAUUACAACAGUCUUCACCCUUCCAUUCUUCAUCAAACGCAGACCUGGUUCUGCCGCUGCUUCCUGAAGCGACUCCAAGAUUGGGAGUUCCAGAACGUCCAGCAAAGCUGCUGCCAGGUCUCGAAGAAAGCCAGGGCGCCCUCUAUGAAAUCGGUGUGGCCGAUGAUGGCAUGCUAGCAGGCUUAGUCGAAGAUGAGUUACAAGAGAGUCUAACCAAUUUAAAAGCCAUGGCCGCAAGCCUCGGCUGUACCACCAAUAUACUGCGGAAAGUUCCAGUCGGAGCGUGCGAGUGGGUUGACAGCGAUAGUGAAACCGGCCACACAGAAACGCGCAAAGACGUGCUCUGGGUUGCUGAAGUACUGGUUUACCCAGACACACGAGGCUCAGCCGAUGCCGAUAUCCCAAGAACAACCCUUGAUACGUCAGUCGAUUCCUCUCGACCAGAGGAUGUGUCAGACUUGGUCGACCACGCUUCGACUGAUCAAUUUCGAGUGACACUAGUUGGAGCUACAGCUGCUGGGAAGUCAUCUUUAUUGGGGACCUUGUCAACCUCUACUUUAGAUAAUGGACGGGGCAAAAGCCGGCUGUCGCUCCUUAAACAUCGACAUGAGAUCGCCUCGGGGCUCACUAGUUCUGUUGCACAUGAACUAGUAGGCUACUCGGAGAAUCGACACUCUCAAGCUGCUGUUAUCAACUAUGCGUCAGGUAAUGUUUCCUCUUGGCUAGACAUCCACAACCUGGCUAAGCGUCUUGUCUUGCUCUCCGAUUCGCCUGGCCUUCCAAAAUUCUCGAAGUCUGCUUUCCGAAGUCUGAUAUCCUGGAGGCCUUCUUGGACCAUUUUAUGCGUCGCAGCUGAUGGCAGUAGCGAGGCAACAAACCGAACGGCUGCAACGAGUUCUCAAGGAUAUAGUAAUAGCGGAAACGCCGAGAGUUGGGACCUCUCACUCUCGUACCUGGCUUUGUGUUUGCGAUUAAAGCUGCCAUUGGUUGUGACCAUCACGAAAAUGGACAUUGCGACCAAGGCAGGACUACGACUUGUUCUUGCAAAAAUCCUCUCCGCUCUCAAGGCCGCCGGUAGGAAACCUGUCAUGCUGAGCAGCGUGCCAGGCCCCCCGCCUGCUUCAGAACAAGGAGUCACUCUCCCAGGACUCCAAGUCAUAUACGAAAGGGAUCAGGUGGAGGUUGAGCGCCUUGUUGAAUCGAUACGAAAUGAUGCCGAGCAGAGGCCUUUCAAUCUGGACUCCGACGGUUUAUCCACCAAUGCCUCUCAGUCCGCGUUGAGCGCCAGUUCCUAUGCUGCUGGGAGAGACGCCACAGCACUCAGAUCAAAGAUACCAGACUUGGGCGACAUUUCUCCAGGCACGAUUGGCGUCGAACUCCUGAACGAUGAGCACGCCACCAUCGCGCUUAGCAGGGCUCGGAAGGGUAUGGUUCUUGCCGAUGUCACCCAGAAUCUGGCGGGCUACCGUUCGUUCUCCGCAAGGUUCCCUACCUCAGACUUUGCACAGACAACUUCACCAGUCCUGAUUUUAGGGGGGCAUGCAAUCGUGUACAUCAACAGUAUUCGUGCUGCUGUCAAAGUGACGGCAGUCGCGCUUGAUGAGGACGAGCAGUUUAGCGCCAGGGCGGUUGCGACGUCUUCUCGGGAUGACUCGGAGCUUUUUCACUUUGACAUUGGCGAUGAUGAUGGUGAUAACGGUGCUGCUGUCGAGGUAUGUGGAGAUGGCGACGGCAACGGCGAAGGCAGCAAGCCCAACGAGGAGAGGAGAGAAAUCAGGGUAUCCUUCCGUUUUGUCAGUACGGUCGAGUGGAUGGAAGUGGGCGACCAGGUCCUCGUUGUCCCUACCAUGACUGCGACAGGGCCGGUGACGGGUCCAGCACCGGCUUCGAACCUGGGCGGUCUGGCUGGAUUUAUCGGAACAGUAUGUGAGGUGUUUAGUUGA